AGGUCAAUGUUGUAGUACCUUCUAAUAGUUUUUCCAUAACCAUUAGCGUGCACCAAAGUUGAGAAUCGAAUGUCCUAAAUUGGCGCAUUGGAAUUGACUAGGAUCCAUGUUGGAGCAGUGGCACGUUAAGGUUGUGGGGACACUCUAUCAAUAAAUAAUGUGGAUAUAAUAUUUUAUAUGACACCGAAUGCCUCAUGCGUAUAUAUAUAUAUAUAUGUGUGUGUGUGCUGUAUCGAUCAUAUGCCUCUGUCUUCUCUCACUUGCUCGUGAAACAACAGUAAAGCAAGGAAGGUGAAGCAAAGCAUAGAGAAAAAGGAAUGGAGUUCAACCCAAGUUGCAAGGACAAGAAGAAAACCAUGAAGCAAUCCAUGCUACUCUGCUGCAAGCUCUACAUCUCGGAAUCGCGGAACAAAGCAGCUCUAGAUUCUAUUGAACGAGCAGCGAGGAGUGAUCCAGAAACGGUCAUAGUGAACAAGUUUGAGGAUGGUGAUUACAACCGCGUGAGGUACACUCUUGUAUCUUAUGUUGCUCAUGAUAGCACAGGGUGUCCCAUUUACAGCCCCCUGUACCAAACCGUGCUUGCCAUGGCUGAAGCCGCUUACGAGGCAAUAAACCUUGAGUUGCACUCAGGGGCACACCCUCGGCUUGGAGUCGUGGACGACAUCGUUUUCCAUCCGCUGGCUCGGGCAUCGCUGGAUGAAGCAGCUUGGCUUGCUAAAGCGCUUGCAGCAGACAUUGGCAACCGAUACCAAGUACCAGUAUAUCUAUAUGGCGCAGCACACCCUACUGAGAAGGCCUUGGACACCAUAAGGCGGGAGCUUGGUUACUUCCGGCCCAAUUUCAUGGGCAAUCAAUGGGCCGGAUGGGGCGUUCCCGAAGUUCUACCUGAAAGGCCUGACGAAGGCCCAGCGCAGGUAUCCCGAGCCAGAGGCAUCUCGAUGAUUGGCGCACGUCAAUGGGUUGCAACCUAUAAUGUGCCCAUCAUGUCUACUGAUGUCUCAGUCACUAGAAAGAUUGCUCAGAUGGUGAGUGCUCGAGGGGGUGGGCUGCCGACAGUGCAAACAUUGGGCCUGGUCCAUGGUGAGGACUCGACUGAGAUAGCGUGCAUGCUGUUGGAGCCCAACCAGAUUGGAGCAGACCGGGUCCAAAGCCGGGUUGAAAUGCUGGCGGCCCAAGAAGGUCUGGAUGUGGAGAAGGGGUAUUUCACUGAUUUUUCACCAGAGAUGAUUAUUGAAAGAUAUAUGAAACUAAUCUCUGACACAGCCUAAUCAAAGUUCUUGUUCUAAUACCUAAAAUAGUUGUCAAGACAACCAACAAGACUUGACAUUCAAUAAAUAACAUAUUUGCUCUUAAUUUCA